AUGAUGCACCGCAAGGAUGUUCAAGACACAUCCGACGGAUGUCCCGGGCUACCCGCCCAGGCGCUUUUGGAAAACAAGUCCGGGACCAAAUCUGCUACUGAACAGGUCUGCCGCAGAGCACCUCCGCUUAUCCCGGCGUCAGCGAACUUCUACAGGCAGGUGCACUACUCCCCACGCCAAUCGGGUACAGUCGGUACUGUUGAUGAGUGUGGUCGUCGAUUGCAAGGGCCGGUGUGGGCUCGGUGGCACCGCUCGCCGUCGGAGGCGCUGCUGAUAACGGCUCGGUUUUUGGUGGGUGCCGCGUUACCAACCAGUGCGACUGGCGCCGACAGUCGCGGAGCUGGUGAGGAGCGAGCGGCGGGGGCAGGGCGCGUGCGGGGCGGGGGGCGGGCGGGGCGUGGGGCGUGCCCGCGCCGCGCGGCCGCGCCGCCGCCAGUACGCGCCGCGCGCUCGCCGCCGCCGCACGCGGCCGCCGCGCGUUGUCCCGCGCCCACCCGCGCUCUGCGUGCGACGGCGUCGUCGUCGUCGAUUAGGAGUGGCGGUUCGCAUCUUACCGGGCAGCAU